UCAGCCGCCGUAAUGGAACAAAUAACUCGGGCAUCGUAAGAAGCGACGAAAGAAACUCGGGCAAGGCGAAGCGAGAACAGUCACUGGUAGAACUGAAGGAGCACAUUCACAAGUACUACAUACCACUAGGAAGACAGUUCAUGGUUUUGUUCCCCGAGGGAGGCUUUCUGCACAAGAGGAAAGAAAUCAGUCAAAGGUUCGCUGAGAAAAACAAUCUGCCGAAAUUGGAGUAUGUUUCGCUUCCACGAGCUGGUGCAAUGAAGGUCAUAAUGGAGGAAGUCGGCCCGCAGAACGACAAAGCUGCUAGUACAUCAAAGCAAGAAAAUAAAAAAGCCGAUGACUUCAACCAGAACAACACAAAGAUAAUAGAUACAAAGAGCGGUGACACAAUUGAAUGGAUCCUUGACGUCACCAUCGCGUACCCUGAUCGUAUCCCCCUACAUUUGCAAGAGAUCGUCUGCGGUACGCGACCUCCCUGCACAACACACUUACAUUAUAGACUUUACCCUAGUAGUGAGGUACCUACAGAUACAGAAGGUAUGACGCAGUGGUUGUAUGAUAGAUUUAUAGAAAAAGAUAAAAUGCUCGAAGAAUUUUACCGUACAGGGCAGUUUCCAUCUACAGAGAGAAAUCUUUUAGUACCAAGGCAAGUGAGGCAAGACAAUCUACGUUAUCUGAUCUUGCAUUUAUUUUUUAUAGCGUCGACAUUUAUACAAUAUAAGAUUUGGUGUGAACUAUGGAGCUAUUUCUGGUAACGAAUUAAAUAUGUGACCAGACGGAAUAAACGUAUCAACUUAUCUUUAAUAUAAUUAAAUGUGUUAGAUUUAAUAAUCUUAUCAUCUACACGUUAACUUUUUUGUGAUUCUGUUGCAUUGAAAUUGUAAGUACAUUAAUUGAUUUAAUGUGUUAAAUGCUUCUGAAGCUUUGCUAUUGAAAUAAAUUUGUAUCUUCUGUUCUUAUUAUUCACGUCUGGUCUAGUAACAUAUAAACAACUAAAUGACCUGCUAUCUUACGUUUUAUACUGACAGUUAAGAAUUGUUCAUAGAUUUCAGAUUAGCAUAUCAAGCAAAUAAAUGAAUUAAACUUGAAUAUUAUAUACUAACUUGUAUGUUAAUAGUUUGUGCUAUUUCGUUUAAAAAUAACUGUCAAUAUAAGAUUAUUUAGUAGAGGUGCAAGAUUAAAGUACAUUUUUGUAAUUUUUUUCAUGUUUCAAAUUAAAAUUUUCUUUAUUUUAUUCGUCAUCAAUGUUACCUUUAACUAGUAUUGACAUAUCGGGUUGGUCUCGAUGUAUUGUACCGGAGGUACAAGGUUUGUUUUCAACCAAAAGCACUAUUCGUUAGUGAGUGUUUCACAUUUUUGUGUGGAGAUCAAAGCGUGCUGUGACAAACAAGUCAAUAUGUAAGUACUUCUUAGCAUAGGUCUUGUGCUUUGCGCUGUACCAAAAUUUUUAUAUGCUGACAAUAAAAAUAGCUUAUAAAUUAUUUACUAAUUUCUUGAGGAGCACUGAACCUGUGGUAAUCAUCCUUGUUGUUUUAUCUAGUUUACACAAUUUAAUACUUUUUUCUUAAAAUACGUGAAAUUUGACAUUUCAUAUAAACGAAAUAUAUUUGUGGUUAAGUUAAAAUAUUGUUUCAAUGAAUUUAAAACACUCAGCUAUUCAGAAUAUAGUUGUAAAAGAUAAUAGUGUCCGUAAUUUAAACGGCUUACCGGAUUUAUCGAAAUUAUUAAAUAUCGUUAUUUUUGGGAAUUCCAAAAAUGAAUUUACAGUUAAAGUAUUUGCUAUCGUUCAGAAUUUUCACGUUACCGCUGUGUCAGCGCUCCCAUGAAAGCAGCCAAAAAUCACGUUUCACAUUCUAUUUAAUCACGUCCGCGCUUCUAAAAUAAAAUCGAAUUUUAUACGAAGGAAAUUCUGGAGCAUUUACGCAUCUAGAAUAAUAAAUUAAAGCAAAGUGGCGGCUCUCAAAUAUAAUCUAUGUCCGAUAAAUGAUAUUGUACACAGAUAAUAUCAACCAUCGAUCAAUAUCUAAAUUAGGUUAAGUCACUAUAAGAAUUUUACACCUAGGUUUUUAAGGGUCAAUUUUUAGUUCCAUCGAUUUCUGGAACGUUCCUUUCAUUAUGUACAGAAUUUAUUGUCCUGGGUGUAUGUGGUAAUACUAAAAUAUUAAAUGCCAAAAUACGAGUACUUUCGCCGUAAGUGCCUAGGCUUAUAUUGAUAGCUAAAAGUGUGUGAAAUUCAUGCCUUUUAUUAUUAUUUCUUGUCAUGGUUGUGUGAGUGAGGUAGGUAUCAUCUGCUCUCUCAUUUUAAUGGCAGUUAAUAAGUGUGUUAUUUUUAUCCUAAGUCUUAGCACAUAUUAAACAAAUCGAUGAUAUUUUCAUCUAAAAAUAAAUAGAUGGUUUGAUUGCUAUGUGUGAAGGUCAUUAGUUAUUGAUGUCCAUGCCAAUAUGAGCUUUAUUGGAUAAUUAAAUAUAUGGAUUUGAAAAUAUUUUUCAAAUGUAUAAUUUUGUUGUCGACCGUACUUAAGUGGUUGCAAUUUUAUCAAUUGCACGUAAAGGUACAUGUUUUGUUGUAUUAAUUUUCUUUUCUUUAUUUCCACGCAAGAUUUGUUUAUUUUAUUUACCUACACAGAAUAACCAUUUUACAAUAUAAGCUUGAAAUAGUUGCAGAUUUUUAAGAAUCGCAAUUUUGAAGCACUUAGAUUCUGUAUAAUCUAUCUCUUUUAAAACAAAAUGUGUCAUUGUUUAACAAUAUGUAAUAUUUAAGUAAAAUCAUUAUCUAUUCUUUAAUAAUAUUUGUUGAAGUAAAAUUGUCACUGACUUUACACUGAGCGUGUACUUGAUCAUGGAUUAAAGGAAACCUUUUCAUCAUAUCAUAUUCAGCCCACAUUAAUCCACUGCUGGACAUAGGCCUCCUCACAGGCUCGCCGGUUCUCCCGGUCCUGUGCUAGUUGCAUCUAUCUUAAACCUUUUAGUAAAACCUUUUAGUAUAAGAAUAAAUAUAGACAUACUUUUAGUACUAGGGUCCAAACUGAAAACUGCACGAUGCGAAUUCACAACAUAAGCAGCUGCGACGCGAAUUGCUUCGAUACAAUUUCGUGCGGCGCUGCCAUGUUUCGGAUAAAAAUAUUCACAUCAUCGACGAAUUCAUUCACAAAUUUCUGCUAUGUAACGUCUUAUUGACUAUUUUAUGAUUUAUAUUAAAUAGUAACAGCUUAUAAUAUCAUGAUAACACCCUUAUUUAAAUGUUUGUGCUUUUAAAUUCUCGAAGGAAUCAUUUAUAUAAAAUUUGUGCUUGCGCCAAUUUUUUUUGGAGUAUGAUCUAUAUGUAAUACGCUCAGUGUAAAGUUUUAUUUAUUAUUAUUAUUAAUCUAACAGAUAAUCCAAAAUGUCCGACCAAGUUCCUUUAUGUCCAAAAGUGUGCCUUGUUAAUUAAUUGAAAAUGUGUCAUAAAAAUUACAAAUCAUCCAUGCCAAACCUAAUGAUAUUUGAAUCCUACAAAAAAAUAUGUAUUUGUAUGUAUGAAAAUAACAUGUAUAGUACAUAUGUGUAGACAUUUCUUCUAUUCUUGUGAUACAAUUACAAUCUGCUUCUUAUUAAGAUCAUACUGUGAGCUCAUUGGUUAGUUCAGAUUAAUUUUGAUGUUGGUUUCCACAAUGAACGAUUAUGAUUGGGUGAUAUUAAUCAGAUUUAAAAUACGUAUACGAAAACUUUACAACAUAGUUACAUCGUUCCAAAGAUAUUUCGAUAAAUAAAUAUACGAAUGUAUGUUGGAAGAUAAUUGUAAUCUCAAUAAAAAUCACUUACUAGAUAAACGUAGACAAAAUAUAUACUAAAAAUGUAAAAGUAUAGAUUACGUGUUAUUUUAACAUAUAUAAAUGGUCUACAAUUUCUGAAAAGAUUUAAUAUUCUAUGUCUGUUUAUGAACUGUACUUAGUGCUCGUAAAUAUCUAGAUGAUAAAUUAGAAAAACUAAUUAAUGUGACACAUUUGAAAUAUUAAUUAUAAACGCCAUUUAAUAAUCUAUAAGAAACGAGAUAGAUGACCAUAUAAAUAGCCACAAUAGAUUGGUAAGGAUUGUAUACCGAGUUUCCUAUUUUUUUUUAUUUAUGUUAAAUAAUAUAUAAUAGAUUUUCUCUUUACUGGUGUGUGUAAAAUAGAGGAUAGCAAUAAAUAUUAAUAUAACGCAAUUAUUACAUAGUUCUAUGUGUUCCAAUCUGUCGAAUAUAUCUUUUGUAUAAUGCAACCCUGUGGUAGUUUAAUAGAAUCGCGAAUUUACUUAAAUCUACCAACCAUCUUGUGUACAAAAUACAAGCAUUUUGGAGUAUUAAUACCAUCAACAGUAUCCAUAUGCAUUUAUAAAUAUCUAUCGUAUGAAUUGAAAAAUAUUCUAUUUUUAAAUUUUCUUACUUGUAAACAUUAAUUACGCCCGUGUAAAGUCGUGAAUGGUUUAGUUUAAUUGGGUAUUUUAUUGUAUUGUAGAUAAGGAAUCAAUUAUGCGUGAAUGAAGCUAAAGUGACCAUUACGCUAAAUCAUUUGCGAAGCUACGGUCAGAUAUGUGCGUAAGAAUAGAUAUCUAGAAUUCACUUGGAUUACUAUUAGUCUGUUCGCUCUUUGGUCGUAGCUUAACAGACGAUUACUUCUGAGUAUUCUGUAUCAAAAUGCAUACUUACAUAAGUACCAAAUAUAUUGUUCGCUGAUUUUAUAUUUCUUAUAAUGGUUGUAACUGAAGCGAAGCAUUGUAAAGAGAUGUUAAUUAAUUUAAAUUACAAGUUUAUUUUGAAUUCGAUAAUUAUUUUAAUUUUGUCAAUAGAACAAGUUAUUUCUUCUUAUAUUCUCAUUAAUUGUCAGCGAUGGACUUAUUCUUAGAAAUAAAUCUUCAUUUAAAAUGUGCGUAGCAUUAACAGGAUUCACAAUACAAUGGACACCAAUUUUUUUCUUAGCAAUAGAUUUAUUUUGACAAAAUCAUUCAUUAUAUCACAUUUACGUUCAAUAAUUAUGCAAAUAAAACAUUGUUUAUUUUAACUCAGUGUUUUUUGUAUCUUCAGCGUGUGAUAGCUUCUUAGAAAUUUACUUGAAUUUGACGCUCAGAUUUAGUAAAAUGAGUUUACGCUCCCUGUUGUAUCAUCUUGGUUCGGAGAAAAGGUCUUUUGCUUUUUUUUUUAAUUUUAAUCACGGGCUUGUGAUUAUUUAUAAGCUGAUUGUUAUUUUUGUUUUCCAGUUAAGUUUGUAAUUUUGUAGAUAAUAGAAUAGCGAAUGUGUGAUGAGUUUUUUUUUCGUGUAUUUUUGUCUUACAACAUGCUUCUUAAUGUCAUGUUCAUUUCAUCGAGGCCACAUCUUAGUUAAGGAAAAUCAGGGGAAUUUUUAGUUAUAAAUUUAAAUUUUAAAUGUAUAUCUAAUGAUAAUGCAUUGAAUUAUCUUAUUGUCAAUCAAUUGAGAUGUUUUUGAAUUAGUAUGUCCUGGGACAUACUGCCAAAAUUGUUCUUUAUUUUUAAGAUGUUUUCCGUAAAUAUUUUAGUUACAGUUUUGAUUAUCUGUUCAACUGAAUCAGAACGGAAAAUAUAUUAAUUAAAUUUUGAAAAAAAAAUCUGUGUGUGUAAAGUUGCAAUCGACAGUUGAUUAUUAAUUUUGUUUAUGGUUAAACAAAAACAAAGUUAGUCGCUUGAUAAUAUAAGAAGAUUUUUUUAAUACUUCUUUGUGAGUCAUAUCAACUACUUAUGUCAUAAUUAUAAUAAAAUUGCUUCUUUAUUCAAAUUUGAGUAGAAUACAUCAUGUAUUAUGUAAAUUCAGAAAUUAGUAAAAUACCUGCUUCUGUCAAUUGUCGAUUCAACUCACUUUGGGUAAGCUUGGCUGCUGUAAAUAGUCCUAAGGGCGUCGCUCUUCAGUUUAUCAAUAAAGCACAUUGUGGCACUUGAA